UGGUAACAAGAGUCAGAAAACUUCCCAGCUAAACGCAAAUAGACUUCACACAAUCCAAUACUCUAUAUUGUGAUGAUCGCAGCAGCUAAGGAAGAAGCAGCUUGAAGAUUCUUCAAACAGCCAGUCUGGACUAACAAAGCUCUGGAAUGUUGCUGCCACAAAGCCACCUAAAAGAAGACAGUUAUCUCACGUUUGGCUGCCAGCUUUUUAUCUCUCUCUUGAUCAUUUAAAACUUCAGACUUCCUGCCUUCCUGGUGUCAUGGAGAAAGUCCAAUACCUCACUCGUUCUGCUAUAAGAAGAGCCUCAAAUAUUGAAAUGCCUCAACAAGCACGUCAAAAUUUCCAGAACCUAUUUAUCAAUUUCUGUCUCAUUUUAAUAUGCCUCUUGCUGAUCUGCAUCAUCGUGAUGCUUCUCUGAAGUUCUGCUGCAACCUCCAGAUCUGCAAUUUACCACAUCAGCUUAAAAUCUGUCAUCCCAUGAAGAGGGGGAAAACAAUACUGUAUAAUAGGACACUUCCAGAGUAGAAGAAUUUCUUUGUGAAAAAGUCAAGAUUAGAGUAAAACAAAUUGUUAGCAAAUGUAUCCAUCUGCUGGAUCUUGUAAACAUGGAAAGGGCUUUAUUUUCAAAAAUUAAUAACUUUAAAAUGACUAUAAGUAUGUAAAAUGUAACUCUUGAUUUAUUUCCUCAACAUGAUUUAUAAAUUUCUAUCCCAAAUCUUUUCUAAAGAUGAAAUAGGAGUUUAGUUUUAAAACUGCACUGGUAACAAGUUCAGUUCAUAUAUAAAGCAUUAGCUUCACUCUUUGAGGAAAAUAUAAUUUAUAUUACAUUG